CGCCCCGGCAUGGCAGCCUCAGAGGUGCUCAGAGGAUGUGACAUCCUCAUCGUCUACAGCCCGGAUGCCAAGGAAUGGUGCCAGUACCUGCAGAAACUUUUCCUGUCCAGUCGGCAGGUCCACAGCCAGAAGACUCUGACUUACAGGCUGGGCCCCGAGGUCUCCUUCUCGGCCGUGGACCUGAACUUCUUCCUCAGUGCUCGAUGCAUCGUGGUGCUGCUGUCUGCGGACAUGGUGCAGCAGUUCUGCCAGCCGAAGCUGCUGCCCCUGCUGCAGCGUGCCUUCCACCCUCCCCACCGCGUGGUGCGGCUGCUCUGUGGCGUCCAGGACAGCGAGGAGUUCCUGGAUUUCUUCCCAGACUGGGCCCACUGGCAGGAGCUCACCUGUGACGACGAGCCUGAGACUUACGUGACUGCUGUGAAGAAGGCCAUUUCAGAAGAUUCUGGCUGUGACUCAGUCACUGACACUGAGACUGAGGACGAGAAGGUCCUUCCCUACUCCAAGCAGCAGAGACUGUCACCAGAGCCUUCACCUGGGAACCUGAUGGUGGUGCAGCCAGACCGCAUCCGCUGUGGGGCAGAAACCACUGUCUACGUCAUAGUGCGAUGUCAGCUGGACGAGAGGGUGACGACGGAAGCAGAAUUUUCUCCCGAGGAUUCUCCCUCAGUAAGAGUGGAAGCCAAGUUGGAGAAUGAGUACACAGUUUCUGUGAAGGCUCCCAACCUUUCAUCUGGAACUGUUUCUCUGAGGAUAUAUUCCGGGGACUUGGUGGUAUGCGAAACUGUUAUAAGCUAUUAUACUGACAUGGAAGAGAUUGAGAAUUUGUUGUCCAAUGCUGCGAAUCCUGUGGAGUUCAUGUGUCAGGCCUUUAAAAUUGUGCCUUACAACACAGAAGCUCUUGAUAAACUACUAACUGAAUCUCUGAAGAACAACAUUCCUGCAAGUGGGCUGCACCUCUUCGGAAUCAACCAGCUAGAAGAAGAAGAUAUGAUGACAAAUCAGAGAGAUGAAGAACUGCCUACCUUGUUGCAUUUUGCUGCAAAGUAUGGACUGAAGAACCUCACUGCCUUGUUACUCACCUGCCCUGGAGCCCUGCAGGCAUAUAGUGUGGCCAACAAGCAUGGCCACUACCCCAACAACAUCGCCGAGAAGCACGGCUUCAGGGACCUGCGGCAGUUCAUCGACGAGUAUGUGGAAACUGUGGACAUGUUGAAGAGUCACAUUAAAGAGGAACUGAUGCAAGGGGAGGAGACGGACGCGGUGUAUGAGUCCAUGGCCCACCUUUCCACAGACCUGCUCAUGAAAUGUUCCCUCAACCCCGGCUGUGACGAGGAGCUGUAUGAGUCCAUGGCUGCCUUUGCCCCCGCUGCCACAGAAGACCUCUAUGUUGAAAUGCUUCAGACAUCUAACCCAAGCCCUAGAGACAGUAUCUCCCGGACUACAAAGGACUCUAUGAUCCGCAAGUUUCUAGAAGGUAACAGCAUGGAAAUGGCCAGUUUGGAGAGAGAACCACCCCAUGUUAGGCAAGAAAAGGACUCUUACCAUACAGUGGAUGAGGCUGAGGCCUUUCCUGUGGACCUGGCCACCAGGCCUCCUGUCCCAGUGCCCAGGCCAGAGACCAGUCCUCCUGGGGCUCUCCAGCUACCUGAUAAUGAACCAUAUAUUUCUAAAGUUUUUGCAGAAAAAAGUCAAGAACGACCUGGGAAUAUCUAUGUUUCCUCAGAGAGCUUCAAGAAAGAGCCUCCUGUCAGACCGUGGAGGGAUCGGCCCCAGUCGAGCAUCUAUGACCCUUUUGCGGGGAUGAAAACACCAGGUCAGCGGCAGCUCAUUACCCUCCAGGAGCAAGUGAAACUGGGCAUCGUCAACGUGGAUGAGGCCGUGCUCCACUUCAAAGAGUGGCAGCUCAACCAGAAGAAGCGGUCUGAGUCUUUUCGCUUCCAGCAGGAAAAUCUUAAACGGCUAAGAGAUAGCAUCACCCGAAGACAGAAAGAGAAGCAAAAGUCGGGAAAGCAGGCAGACCUGGAGAUCACAGUCCCGAUUCGGCACUCACAGCUCCUGCCUGGGAAAGUGGAGUUUGGAGUCUAUGAGAGUGGCCCCAGGAAAAGCGUCUUCCCCCCAAGGACAGAGCUGAGACGGGGAGACUGGAAAACAGACAGCACCUCCAGCACCGCAAGCAGCGCAAGCAACCGAUCCAGCACCCGGAGCCUCCUCAGCGUGAGCAGUGGGAUGGAGGGGGACAACGAGGACAAUGAAGUUCCCGAGGUCACCAGAAGUCGGAGUCCAGGCCCUCUGCAGGUGGACGGAUCGCCAGCCUUGCCCCUGGAGAGGCCCCCCAGGGUGCCCCCCAGAGCCGCCUCCCAGAGGCCACUGACCAGAGAAACCUUCCAUCCCCCUCCACCUGUCCCACCCAGAGGUCGCUGAUUCCAUCUCCUACCUGCCUACUUUAGGACUUUGAGACUUGAUUUUCAGCCUGUUAAUGAUGUCCUCGGUUUGAGUUUCAUGCAUGACUGCUGACCUGAAGACCUACUCUCCAGUUGAUUUUGUUUUGGCCCUGCUGGUUUGGGCUUUCCUUGAAGAAGAUACUAUUAAGACAUAAAGAAGUGGAAAAACUAAGGACUUUAUUCACCAGUGCCAAACACAUUGAUCUAUCUCUUCUUGUUUGCCAAACAGGCCAAGAUUAAUUGGGUUACUUACCUCUACUUUGGCAUGUCAGAGCCUGAAAAGAUUGAUCAAAAAAUGUACUCUUGCCAGUAAUUAUACUGAAAUGCACUCAUAUUUGGAACUUACGUCUUUGCUAGUCUAGUCUAACUUCUAGGGGUGGCUAUAAGUUAAGGCUUAAAGUCUUCAAGUAAGAAGAUAUGUCUUAAAUUUUAAAUGACACUUCAACGUUUUUGUAGACUCAGAAGGCUGUUUAAUUGCCAGGGCUCACCACAUAUAACAAAUUGAAAAAGACUUUAGUAUUAGUCCUAACUCCUCUUAUACAAAAGGCAAAGUGGAGUUUCCACAGAAAUAUGGAACCUAGACUACUCAUUUGGUGAGAGGAAAAGGUGCACCUGGAAAUAGUUCUGCUUUCCAGCUCCAAAUAGCCAAACCCAUCCCUUGAGAUAUGUCCAGAUGUAGAAAUAUGUUUAUUGACUAUUGGCCUUCUAAAAUCUUCCUUCUUCCAUUAUCUUCCAGGCAUGGGACCAUCAAGUUUUUCUUUCCCUUAGUUUGGGCAUUUAUACUUCAUCAUGCAUUUAAAAUAAUGAUGUUUCCAAGGAACACAUGAAAAAGGUGGAAAACAGAAGUUUGGGGUGCAAGGGACUCUGUUUAUUGCUCUGCAGCCUUAAAGGUCUUAGUUCUGGCCAUAAGGAGAGGGAAGGAGCCUUGAUUUUUUUUUCUGCUGAGUCAUCAGAAGAGGAAGGAAGAACUUCAACUAGAAAAAUAAAAUCUUUAUGAUUAAAGAUUUUUCCCCCCUCAUCCUUCAGAACAGUUAACAGGGACUCUUGCUGAAGUUAAUCGCUUCUGGGACCCUGGGUGUUGGUUAUUGGUGUUUUUUUUUUUCCUGACAUAAAAUACACUUUUGGCCAUCAAGAGUAUUUGUGCGAAUUACCGCAAUGCGUGCUAGAUGCAGUUGUCCCUUGUCUCUUUUCUGGGAAAAAUUUGGUAAUGUGAGAUAAAAUGACAAGAAGUUAUCUUGGAUAGCAGUCUUUCCUGUUUCUUAUAUAUAGUUUCCAUGUUAAAGACAUUUGAUAGCAAUACAACUACACUUUUUUUAAAAAAAAAUAUAUUCAAUACCUCAAAACCCCUUUUGGGUGUCAAAUUUAUCUUUUACAUUCUCUGAUUAACAAGCAUUUAGAUGAAUAACAUGGCAAGACCUACUAGCAGGCUUUGGUGUCAACACCUUUCAUGUGCACGUUACUGUUUACAAUAUUGGGAUAGUUUAUCCUAAAGUGAAUAUAAUAGAAAAUAUAACAUUGACAGUGUGGAUGAGAAGUAUGGGUCUCAUAAAUGUGACACACUUGAGACAUGGAUGGAAAGAUCAGAAAGACCAAGUUAAAAGUGGCAAAUCAUCAGCUCUCCAUGGCUGUUCACCAACUUGUAAGAUGAUUGGUUGUGUGUAAAAAUAAAAGAAAAAAAAAUAAAAAGAAAUCGGAUAAAACAUUGGAAGCAUGCUAUUAAGGACAGUCUCUAAUAAUGAGGUGAAAUUUUACAUUUUCUAGAAACAAACCACCCAUUAUAACAUUUACUCAAGCUUCAUACACUCAGUUUUUGUAUACAUUUUUUUUGGGGAUACAUAAUAACAAAGCCAUGCAUUUCAAUACAAGGAGGAUCAGAAACUAAAUCAUAAUUGGUCUUCAUAGAGACUAUUAAAGCUUUUUCUAUAUGAUAAUGUGGAACACAGCUCUGUAGUCACUAC